UCCGCGCCAGCGCGCGACGCAGCUGACUCGAGGGCGGGCGAGCGCGCGGGGGCCGGAGCAGGGCUGCGCCUGCGCAGCGACGCCUACGGCGUGCGCACGGGGAGGCGCAGACGAGCACAGUGCCCCACCUCUGGGAGAUCACACGGGGGGGGGCACCUCAACCGACGACACCCCGCACCACGGAACCUCACAGCAGCCCCGCACCCAGCCCGUGGGGCCGAUGUCAGAGGCCUACUGCGGACCUAAUGGCCUCUGCGAGGCCGUACAGGUGCGGGCCCAGCAAGAGGGGGGGGCCCUUGCGCGCACCACUGAAAGCCGAGCGGGAGGGAGGCAGGGAGGCGGCUGCGCCACAAGAGUCCGAUGCGGGUCGAACUGGGGAGAGACCGGGGUGUACCCUGACCUGAGCAGGUCGGCACCUCUCUGCAUGAGGGCACUGGCGCCAGCUCCGUGACAGCACGGGGGAUUCCAGUGCACAACCCAUGCCAAAGUGGCCCCUCUCCGCACGGACAGCAUAGAGGCGAGGCGGGGAGGACGAGCAGCAGGGUGGGGGGCUCGAUGCAAGCAGCGAGAGCCAACAACUAACGGAUAAAAACAGCGGCCUUCUGCCAUUGAGGCAGCGCCGCACGUCCACGCACCAUCUCCAGCCUGGCGGCACGCUAGGGCCUCUAGGGAUGCCGCGUCGCUCAGCGAGGGGCUCAGUGUCAACUCGACUCCCGCUCACAACUCACAACACCGUCCACGGGGAUGUCGAGAAGAAAACGGAGGAGGCUGGCUAUCUUGUUACAGAACAGCCCAUCAAAACUGGUAAGGGACAGCGCCGGGUCACGCGGCCCCACGGGGAGCCUCGGCGGCGACGUGCGUGGACGACUCGCCGGGCGCAUCCGCGGCGCGCGCUGCCUCCCCCGGGCGCGUCGCAGCGCGGGGCCGCCAGGCACCGCUGCUCCAGAACGCGCGCGCUCCGAAGCAUGGCAGCGCAUCCUGCGGCAUCGAGCAGGGACAUCGGACCGAAGCGGAGUGCGCAUCGGACGGGGUGCAUCUGCACGGAGCCGGCGUUGAGUCGGAUCGUCCGCGCCAGGAUGCACAACGACCCCAUGCGAACACCAGGCCACAUCGGGGGCAUCAAGAUCGAGUCGGAUCGAAGCGGCUGGAGCCGAUUUCGAACCGGGUCGAUCGGAUAGAGAUGGACCCUGUGGGCCACGUGGAGCGCCACGGCAGCGUGCGCCUGCGAGCGGCCAGCGCUAGAGGCUCCAGUGCCAGCCUCUGCUGCCACCAGCGUGUCGAAGUACGACUCCGUACCGAAGCUAACGAAGCACUCAACCACGAUAGGAGCCGUUGCAUUCAAACCAAUCUGCAAGGCACACGACUGACCGGUGCUGUGAUAGCUCGGGCAAUUUGACUUGCCACACAAGCGACGCCCAAUGUGCACUCGCCAGUGAUACCCGCUAAAGAUGUACGACAGUGCUGUCCGUAGCGCGGGAGUGAGAGUAGGAGUCAAGUUAGCAACUUCGAAAGGGCAAGGUUGGGGAAGAGGUGCUGAAGGUAGGCUAGGGGAUCAAAGCGCGGCAGCGCCUGCACCGCCAUGCAGGUCGACCGCCGGCGCUCGACCAAGCUGCACCACUUCAUGCCCCCUACGCAUGACAAGCCCAAACCUCAGGAGUCAUGGGACACCUCACUCGCAUAUGUAUUGAAGGCCCGUGGCCAUGCCCUUGCCAUGAAACAGGGCACCAUCGCCUCACUAGCGGCGCGCCUCGGUGUGGCUAGUCACCAAUGAUCGCGUGCCAGUCCAUCUUUGAGUUCUUCCGCCUUGCCGUGGGCGUCCUCGCCUCGAGGCGCUGCACGGAUCUUUCGCUGACCUCCUUGGCGGCGGCGUUGAUGCCAUUCCAGUUGUCGCUCUGCAACUUUUUCAUCAGCCUCAAGAACUCGGGGAACGAUAGCUCCUUGUUGCCGUCCUCCAUCAGAGCAAAAAUGAGGACCAUGACCAAGAUUUCGUGGGAUCUUGUCGAUGCGAUCUUGGUCAUAGUCCAUGCCCGCCGUCGCCAAUUGGGAACAUGAUUACAGCACUGACGCUGACUCAGAUGGACGGUGACCGAGAUCGACACAACGUUCCCGCGUUCAGCCCUGGUCAAGGUCCCAUUUUUUUGUUUCCCUCUAGACCUCGUCUACCUCGGCCAGCGCGGCGCGCAAGGCGCCUCCAGCACCAGAUCCCUCAUCGACAUGCACCAAUUUGCCGAGGAGGUAUCUGAGCUCCCCGUAGGACAUCAGCCCGGAAUUGUCGCAGUCGAAGCUGCUGAAGAUGGCUCGGAACUCUUUCACCUCGUCGCGGGACAGGCCCGUUGUAAUGCGAGCAUCCUCUUCAAGCGCGAGCAACUCCUCGUCGGCGUCGUCUUCCAUCUGCCGCAUCAUCCGCAGGAACUCGGGAAAAUCGAUCGCGCCGUCAUUGCUCUGCUCCACCUCCGACAGCCAGCGAGCCACCUUUUUAUAGUCAUCGUUAUUCCUUCGCAUUUCCGGGAAGGCUUCGUCCAGCAAAUUGGUAAGGCUCCUAUCUGCGAGCGUGAUCACGCCAGUCCCGCGGUCAUGUCGUGAGAACUGUACUUGAAAGGCUCGAACAUCCUCCUCGUCAAAGCCGUGGUUCUCGCGGCUUUUGUCCCUCGCUGCCCUCCAGUAGUCGAGCACUAGCCUCACCCAAUCCCACCUGUCGGCAGUCCCGUGAAACUUGCUGCUGUGCUCAUCCCAGACCUGCAUCAACUGCCGAACGUUGAGUCUGCAAUGCAAAUGGCGCGCGACCGCUGAGCGGAAUUCCUUCUCGGUGAUCCGGCCCGGCCAGUGCAGCUGAUUGCCAUCGUAAUGUUUCUCCAACGCUUCAAUUAAGUUCUCACGGAGACGCCGCACGAGCUUGACAAACUCUACCUCGCAUAUGUCAUCGCUCUUGUCGAAAUCGAAAUGGGGGAUCAUGUCUUGUACCUUCGUCACCGGCAAUGCCCAGCCUGCUUGCCGCAGCGCGCAACUCAACGGCAUCCCCGUGAGGCCCGCACUGCCACCAUUACUGUACUUCCUGUAGGACUGGCGG